AUGGCUGUGGCACGUCUAGGAUUGCUUUUCGCAGGCUUCCUCCUCCUCACGAGUCUGGUGUUGAUCCUGCUCGGACAGGCUGGGCUGCAAGCCAGAUGCAAAGAUCUCAACGAGCAAGCCCUGCAGCGCUACAAUGACAUGGUUGCCAGGGAGGCUGCCGCGGCCACGCCAUCCAACCAGACCGCACUCUCCGCCAACGUUACCGCAGCGGUGACCAAUGCCACAACCCAUGGAUUCCGCCAGGUCCUCAAGAUCAUGUCGCAGUCUUCCAGCUUCGUCACCUGCGCCAGACUGUACUCCCUGAACUGGUGGGCCUGGGUCUUCCAGAUCAUGCAGGCCAUCUGGAUGGUGGUGGCCAUGACGGGCUCCCGCUGGGUCAGCAACGCCCCCGCCUUCCUCCUCAUCUCUGCUACGCUGGGCGUGAUCAACACCGUCGUCAGCACCAACCUCCUGGGAAUGGCCAGCUUCAGCCCCAUGCUCCAGACCAGCUGGGAGUCGGUCAAUCUCGCAGGCUUCAUCAUUGCCACCGCCGCCCAGUACCUCUUCAUCCUGUUUGGGCCCAGCCAUGCAAAGUCUCAGCUGGGGGAGAGGGCCUCGAAGGCGGGGCCCCUGUCCAGCGACCUCCAGAUCUGA